AUGGCCUCCUGCGGGGAGGAACCGAGGAGCGGCUCCCCGGGCCGGGCAGGCACCGGCACCGAGCCGUCGCCGACGGCCGACGCCGCCCAGCUGGACACGGCGGAGGAUUUCGAGGUCCUGGAGGAAGAGGAGGAGGAGGACCUGAGUGAGCUGCCCCCGCUGGAGGACGUGGGCAGGCCGCCGGCCCCGCCGCGGGAGGACGCCCAGCCCUCCAAGCAGGACGGGGGGGAAGCGGCCGAGGACCCCCAGGAAUGGCUCGAUGUUUUGGGGAGCGGCUUGCUCAAGAAGAAGACGCUGGUGCCGGGCCAGGGGGUGGACACCCGUCCCCGCAAGGGCCAGGACGUGACCGUGCGCCUGAAGGCCACGCUGGAGGAUGGCAGCGUGGUGGAGGAGAACCCUGCCCUCACCUUCACGCUGGGGGACUGCGAUGUCUUGCAGGCUCUGGACCUGUGCGUGCAGCUCCUGGAAAUGGGGGAGACAGCUUUGAUCAUGUCAGAUGCAAAGUACUGCUAUGGCGCUCAGGGCAGGAGCCCUGACGUCCCACCCAACGCGGCCCUCACCCUGGAGGUGGAGCUGCUGGCGGCUCGGGACGCGCCAGACCUGGAGCUGCUCAGCGGGAAGGAGAAGAUAGAGCUGGCCAACCGCAAGCGGGAGCGCGGCAACUUCUUCUACCAGCAGGCAGAUUACGUGCUGGCCAUCAACUCCUAUGACAUCGCCCUCAAGGUCAUCGGCUCCAGCUCAAAAGUCGACUUCAACCCGGACGAGGAGGCUGAGCUGCUGGAUGUGAAGGUGAAAUGUCUCAACAACCUGGCAGCCUCUCAGCUUAAAUUGGACCAUUACGAGGCGGCCCUCAAGUCCUGUAACCUUGUCCUGGAGCACCAGCCGGGGAACAUCAAGGCUCUCUUCCGAAAGGGCAAGGUCCUGGCUCAGCAGGGUGAAUACAGAGAGGCCAUCCCCAUCUUAAAGGCGGCGUUGAAGCUGGAGCCUUCAAACAAGACCAUCCACGCUGAGCUCUCCAAGCUGGUGAAGAAGCACGCGGACCAGAAGAACGUGGAGACGGAAAUGUACAGGAAGAUGCUCGGGAAUCCCAGCGCUGCCGGCGCCCCGGGGAAGUGCAAAGACAAGCUGUCCUGGUCCAUUCCCUGGAAGUGGCUCUUCGGUGCAACAGCUAUCGCGCUCGGCGGCGUGGCCUUGUCUGUGGUCAUUGCAGCAAGGAACUAA